CAUCCAUCCAUCCAUCCCGACUUUCGUUUUUGCCUUAACUAACCAUCUGUCUUAUAUAACCAUACGAGUUUCUCGGAUUUAAAUACAGAAUAAUAUGAAAUGCUCUGAGACCAGGGUGAAACGAUGCAUGGCCAUCAUAUUUCUAAUGUUUAUCAUAGAAAGAAUGUAGCUCCAUUUCCUAAUUUUUUGUUUAAAGUUAAUCUGUCAUUUUACCGGAGAGAAGUAGGCUGGCUACAUUGAGAAAAGCACAGGAGAAAAGUAGCUACACAUUAGUCAGAGCACUGUCUGCUGAUAGAAUAUUUGUGUUUUUCUCUUUUUUUCUUUUCUUGAAAAACACUGAAUUCUGCGUUAAUGCGACCCCUAAGUUUAACUUGCUAGUUAUCUAAGUGGCUCAGUUAAUGACGGGGCAUCAUAUUGUGUUAGCUUUCUGCCAUGUUUGAAAAGUCAAAGCCCUUUGGAUGAGUUAUCUGUACAGUUGCCACUGCUAUCUUCAUUUUCUGUUUUUUUUUCUCUUCUCCAUACUCUGCCUGUUUGCUACUCCCCCAUGUUCUCUGAGCAGGCCCGUUUGCCCUAGCGACUUCACACAGACACAGCCUAUCUUCCUCUGGGUCUCAUACUGAUCCGCCAAAAAGCGCUGGUUGGCCAGAUGCCAGGUGACCACAAAGUCUACAAGAUCACCAAGAUAGCUGUCAUUCCUCUGUCUGAGGAAGAGCCACUGGAUCUGGAGCUGGAGCUUUGUAAGAAGCAUCACUUUGGGAUCGACAAACCAGAGAAGCUUGCACCGUCUCCAGAUGAGUCGAAGUACCUGAUGAAAACUCUGAGUCAGAUCAAGUCCAAUGUUGGGGCUCCCACUAAGAAAAAGUAUUCCCCUGCCUUUCAGGUCAAGGAAAACAAAGAGAAGGAACGUCUCGAGAGGCGGCUGCUCGACGAGCUGUACAAGAUAUUCAUGGACUCCGAUUCCUUCUACUACAGCAUGACUUAUGACCUCACCAACACUGUGCAGCGGCAGGGAGACACAGAAAAGUCCAACUUACCCCAAUGGAAACAGGUGGAUGACAGAUUCUUCUGGAACAAACACAUGGUCCAGGAGCUAAUUGAUCAGCAGGUUCCAGAGGUGGACUUCUGGGUGACACCCAUCAUUCAGGGCUUUGUGCAGGUGCAGGAGCUGGUAGUGAAUUACAACGAGAGCCCAGAGGAGGAGAAGAGCAGCCCCGAUACGCCGCUCCAGGAGCACACCUGCGUGGACGACAUCCACCCGCGCUUCACCGUGGCCCUCAUCUCCCGCCGCAGUCGCCACCGUGCAGGGAUGCGGUACAAACGCAGAGGGGUAGACACAGAUGGACACGUGGCUAACUUUGUGGAGACAGAGCAGCUGAUACACGUGCACAACCACUCACUGUCCUUUGUGCAGAGCCGCGGUUCGGUGCCUGUCUUCUGGAGCCAAGCAGGCUACCGCUACAACCCCAGGCCUCGGCUGGAGAAAGGAGAAAAGGAGACCAUUCCUUACUUUGCUGCUCACUUUGACGAACAGCUCAACCUUUACAAGAAGCAGGUCAUCAUAAACUUAGUGGACCAAAGUGGGCGUGAGAAGAUUAUUGGCGACGCAUAUCUCAAACAAGUCCUUCUGUACAACAAUCCUAACCUUACAUAUGUCUCUUUUGACUUCCAUGAGCACUGUCGAGGUAUGAAGUUUGAGAAUGUGCAAACGCUGACAGAUGCCAUCUCUGAUAUUAUCGCAGACAUGAGAUGGGGCUGGGUGGACCAGGCAGGAGUCAUCUGCCAUCAGGAGGGCAUUUUCCGGGUCAACUGCAUGGACUGUCUGGACAGGACCAAUGUAGUCCAGGCUGCCAUAGCUCGUGCAGUAAUGGAGGCACAGUUGAAGAAACUGGGUGUGAUGCCCCCUGAGCAGCCUCUGCCCCUCAAGUGCUACAGGAUCUACCAGGUCAUGUGGGCCAACAACGGCGACACCAUCAGCAGACAGUACGCCGGCACAGCCGCCCUCAAGGGAGACUUCACCAGAACGGGGGAGAGAAAACUGGCCGGGGUGAUGAAAGAUGGCGUGAACUCAGCCAACCGCUACUAUCUGAACCGCUUCAGGGACGCAUACAGACAAGCAGUCAUUGACCUGAUGAUGGGCCAUCCUGUGACAGAGGACCUGUACUCCAUCUUCAGUAAGGAGAAGGAGCAUGAGGAGAAGGAGCAGGAGAGCCAGAGAGUAACCCAGGAGCAGGUCAGCCUCCUGCUACAGACUUACAUGCAGCUACUGCUGCCCGACGACGAGAAGUUCCAUGGUGGCUGGGCCCUCAUCGACUGUGACAUGAGCCUUAUUGAUGCAACCAGCAAAGAUGUGGAUGUUCUCCUGCUGUUAUCCAACAGUGCAUAUUACAUUGCAUACUAUGAUGAGGAAGCUGACAAAGUCAAUCAGUACCAGCGCCUCAACUUGGAGGGUUUGGAAAAGAUCGAAAUAGGCCCAGAACCUACUCUGUUCGGGAAGCCCAAAUUCUGCUGUAUGCGUCUACACUACAAGAAUGAGGAGACGAGUGGGUAUUUUCACACACUGAGGGCUGUCACAAGGAAUCCUGAGGAUGACGGUAAAGACACGUUACAGUGCAUAGCUGAGAUGCUUUGCAUAACAAAGCAAGCCAUGGGACUUGACAUGCAGGUGAUUGAAAAGAAACUGGAGAGAAGGCACAGUAAACCUCAUGAGGACAUCAUGGGCAGACACCCGGACCAGGUCCUUGGCAGCUCUGGUCUGGCUCAGGGAAAGAGCUUCCUCCUCAACAAGUUCUCCUCUCUCAACCAGAGGGUGAAGAAGUCCAAUGUCAACAUGGGUUCCUUCAAGGGGAGGCUGGGCAACACCUUCUCCACUAAGCCCGAUGUGAACUUCCUGAAGCCCACCAUUGGGAUCACCCUCUGGAAGUCUGACAGCAGCUUGGAGACCUCCGAGGGAGCAAACACCGGCCCAGCUCUGAAGGACCUCUGUGACAACCACUCAGAGAUGUCAUCCGACUCAGAUUCGUACAACUCGGAUGAACACCUGCGCUCCGGCUCCCUGGAGAACGUGGACUACGUGCUGCCCAGCUGCGGCAUCGUGGCAUCAGCUCCGCGGCUAGGCAGCGUGGAGCUUAACAUCAGAGUCACUGGCUGUGACAGUAAGCAGGGGGCUCCGGCUCUAGCCGGUCCUGAAGACCAGUCUCCCGAUGCUACCUCAGAGGGUGAGGAGGCCAUCCUGAUAGACUUUGGAACGCCCAUUGAUGCCUAUUGCCACCAAUUCAUCCAAGAUGCGCAGAUCAAACCUGUGGAGGUAUUUGGGGAGCAGAUGACUGGUGGCGUCCCCACACAGAACCCAAAUGUCCCUUCACAUGCUAAAGGUCCCCUGGCCCCAGAUGAGCACCCAGGUUCAGAUCAGAAGGUGCAGGCGAAGGAGCUACAGCUCCCUCCCAGGCCAUCCCAGCUAGAUGUUACCUCCAGACCCAAUCUCCUGACUGCCCAGAAGCUCAGCUCGGCAGCUUCUGGCAGCUCCCAGAGGAGCCUGGGCUCUCACAUGGAGGGCAGUCUGGGCUCCUUGCCCACCAACGGCAACGGCAGCCGAGUGGUCUCCCCCUUUGCCAAGAUCAAGAGCUCCAUGGUGCAGGUGGCCAGCCUGACCCAGGCCGGACUUACCCAAGGCAUCAACUUUGCCGUGGCAAAGGUGCAGAAAAGCCCAGAGCCAGAAAUGGCCGGUCUCAAUGAGACACAAGAGAAUGAGCUGAAGGCAAUGUUUACACAGUGCCAGACGAGGAUCAUACAGAUCUAGCACUUCUAAAGUUGUAGCCUCUAAGCAGGUUUUUGUACAGUUAGUAGUGUAGUAUGUGACUUCCAGUACAGUAGCUAGCAUAAGCUUGCACAAGGGGCCCACACUGACUUGACUAAGAACCCUGCUCUUCAAUUCCCCUUGUAGUUGACCUGACCAUGUUUACAGCCAGUGUUGUGUAGUAUAUAAUACCCCAGCUCAAUACACGGCGUACUUAAUCCUAAUACAAUUCCUUUCCGAAGCACUACCGCAAAGCGUUAUAUUCUGUCAAUAUGAACUAAUUUAUUUUAGUCCGUAGCCUAAAGAAAAUGAUUUCAUGAAAAGCAGCAAACAGACAACAUUGUUUCACAAGACUAAAACAGAAAAAAGGCCAUAGCUACACCUCGCUUGAGUUUCCCACCCAAAUACAGGGAAACUACAUAUUUCAAUGUGUUGAGUGCACAAGUGGGUCUGUACUCUGUACGCAGCGUAGUACCUUCGUUGACGUGUUUCGCUCGACGAAAAGACGGAAGCAUUCCUUUCAAUUGAUUUCCCGGCUACAUUUGCAUGUCAGGCUAUUGUUAAUAACUGAAUUAGAUAAGGUAGGCAAUAUCCAGUGCAUGUUGAGAGAUGAGCUCUGAAUUGAUUACUUUUGUGAUUCCAUAGGUGCAGUGCACCUAUUGGCAUUUGUGAUAUAGGCCUAGUUCAUAGCUCUGUUUCAAAAACAUUGGUAGAAAUGUCUGACCAAAGGGCAGCUCAAUGUUAGAUAUUAGACCUACCCUAGGCUAGUAAGAAAACAAACAUACAACCCCUAGAUAAAUGGGGGAUCAGUAGCUCGGUUUCCAUCCAAUUGGUGACAGAUUUUUAUGCGAAUAUUCAAAAAUCUGCAUAAAAACAAUACUCAUUUUCCCACCAGAGAUGUUUCCAUCAAAUUGACUUGUUGUGGAUAAAAAGCUGUGCAUGAUAACGUGGUGCACAUAAAUUACUUUUGCGGUUAAAUUCCUAUGUUCCGGGGGGAAAAAAUACAAGUAAAUAGGUUUCUAUCGCAUUUAACUCUGUUUUGUCACAAAACAAAUUGUUAUACAGUGGGGUCAGAAAUGAUUGACAACUUUAAUAAAGAUGAGCAAUGACUGUAUGAAAUAAUUAAAAUACUGAGCUAUAUUGUAUGCUCAAAACAAAUUGGGAAAUUAUAUUUUAUACAAUUGCUCAGAAAAUAGAUUUUGUUUAACAAGUAAUAUAAAAAAAAAUCUAAAGAAGGUGGGGUUCAAAAUUGACUCCACUAAAGAUUCUUAUAAAUAAAGUAGUCAAGUUUAGUAUUUGGUCCCAUAUUAUUAACGGUAAAUAAUGUAUUGUUAUUUUGGAGUCACUUUUGUAAAUAAGAAUAGAAUGUUUCUAAACACCACUUCUUGAUACCAUGAUUACAGAUAAUCCUGAAAUGAAUCUUGAGUGAGUGAGAAAGUUUGACCUUCUAAGAUCAUACCCCUCAACAAGUUUGAGUCACAAGCUUGAUGUAGUCAUUGCGUGCUAGGAAUAUGGGACCAAAUACAACACUUUUGACUAUAUCUUUAUGGGUGACAAUUUUGACUCUUAACUUGGAGAUUUUUUUUUAUGACUUGUUAAACAAAAUCUCGUUCUCUGAGAAAUUGUAUUAGUAUAAAAUGAUUUUCCCCAUAAAAAUAUAAAAUAAUAAUUGCAUUCAAUAUAGCUCAGUAUUUGAAUUAUACAGUCAUUAUUGCUCAUCUUUAUCAAGGGUGUCAAUAAUUUCAGACCCCACUGUAAUUUAUGUGCCCACACUGGUCUUUGCACGUGCUCUCUAGCCAAAAGCUUGCAGAUAGAGUGCGGGUAGUCUACCUACAUGAUGAAUUUCCAAUUAUGGACAAAAGAGGAAGAUUAUUUUUAUUUGUCAAACGGCAACCAAGCAUCGAUCAUCACGUCACCAGAAUAAGACUCUCUAUUUAUUGGAAAGGAGCAUCAAAAGCUCACCACCGUGCACUUUCUCCACCCUCAUAACUUAUUCCAUAUGUAGCAUAAUACACUCCAUGCUUUUCCGAGUCGUAGUGGGUGGACCACACAUGUCAUUGUGUGACUCCAAGUUCGAUAUGAUGGUUAUUAUAUCAAUAUUUGCGUAUAAUUACAUUUUACUGACACAAAAAGAUCCCACCUUGUCUAGCGGAUUCUGUCGUGAAUUAUUUUAUCCCACAUGUACUUUACUCGCAUAAAAAAGUUAGAUGGAAACCUGGUUACUGUUGUCGAGUUUAUUCCCCAUCAAUAUAGGACAUUUACCAAUGUACAAGAACUCCGGUAAGAGUAUACUGUUUGAUAUGUAAGUAUUGUACUGUAUGUAUAUCUGUUCCCUAAGUUAUAACCUUUUCAUUGACCAACAUAUAUUUCUGGACCUAUAACUAUAUCUCCGUACACUUUGGCUUUUGAUCAUGUUGAUGCUAGAGUUAGAUGCACUGCUGCUGAACAUUUUUCCGAAGGGGUUUGAGCAUUUUUCUUUGAGAAUAUUCACUAUUAACUGACAGCUUACCAAAAUCAUUUGAGAUUCUGUAAGCAUUGGUGGAUUGAUAGGAUUUUCAUACAAAUGGUUGUACCUAAUGUCUGCAUUAGGUCUAUGUAGCCCUAAGUCCGUCACGUUUGACAAAUACUGUACAGUAGCAUAUAGAAUAUAUGCAAUGUGGUCCGUCCAAAGCUUAUUAAAAACACACUUCAAUGCUU